CAUUGGUUCGCCAGUCGGCCGACCGGUCGGCGGUCGGUCUUUUUCCAUCGCGGCAACGGCAUAGUUUCCAUCAGUAUUCGAGAGACAUAUGUGCGGAAUAACGUCAUUGCUUAUCGGUCGUUGUUUUGUCAUCUUGAAACAUCAAAAGAAUGGCAAAAUUCUUAAAUUUCGAUACAACUUUAUUUAUCAAGGAAGUUCAAAAGAGACCGGCGAUUUGGGACACGUCAGUCGAACAUGGCAAGGAUAUGAAGAAAAAGGCAUGGGAUGAGAUCAAUAAUGUAUUCGGAGUGAAAAAUAUGUCGCAGGCUGACAAACAUCUUCUAGCAUGGAGACUGCAGCAAAGAUGGAAAAAUCUCAGAACCUGCUUCGCCAGGGAAAUUAAACGUCAAAAAAAUUAUGGAGCGGGUACUGGCCGUAGGAGUGAAUAUAUUUACUACAAAAAUCUACUAUUCCUUACGAAUGUAAUGAAUCUAACUGAGAAGGAGACAAGCGAACCAGAACUGAAUACAGAAUAUGUAUAUGUAGAAGAUAAUAACGCCAGCCUCACAACUGUCAAUGAAUGCCAAACAGACGUUUCGCAGGACACUGAUGAUGAAACUCUUGCACAAAAAAGGAGACCUAAGCGUAAGACCUACGAUUAUGAAGAACCUUUCAGUGAAGAAGAUGAGGAUGAAGAUCAUUUAUUUUUAUUAUCUUUGCACAAAACAUUGAAAAAAGUACCUAGAAACAAAAAGAUGGCAGUCAAAAUAAGGAUGCUGACAAUUUUAAACGAAACCUUAACUGAAAUACUUUGAUAAUGAUUGGUUUUAUCUCGCUGCAUAGUUAGAAUUUGUUCUAAUAAUUAUAUCAUAGUAUAUUGGUUUGUGCAAUGUAUCACUUGUUUGUUUUAUUAUAGUACUAGGUGUUGCCAUAUUUCUUCGACUGCGUUUAUUAAGUUUUUUUUUAAAUCCCGUGGAAAUCGUUUGUUUUUCUAGAAUAAAAAUUAGCCUAUGUUAAUCUCCCUCCUUUCAACGAACUCAAUGCCAAAAAUCAAGUUAAUUAGUAGUUAGGGCUUCAAGAAAGGACAAAAAAUUAUGGCAUUUAUUAUUUACUUAAGAUUGUUCCAUAAAAGGCUAGUUUGGAAAGAAAGUUCAAGGAAUUGUACUAAAAGUAUCUCUAAAGAUUGAUUUAAAAAAAUAUUAGUUUUUAUCGAUAAAAGUAACCUUAAGCCGGACUAAUUUUAAUGAAGUUAAAUCUAUGCCCGUUUGAGCUAUUGUGUUCAUAUUAUCUAGGUCAACAAAUUUCUAUUGUUGCCGUAGUUAUCACAAUAUUAAAAAAAACAAUGAUUUAAA